AAUGGCGGCGCGUGGUCCUCGUACGCGCGGGAGUCGGUAAGGGCGAUUGCGAUUAUUGAUUUUCCAUUCUUCCCAACGGCGGGAAAUGCGAGCCUCGCCGACCUCACCCUUUUCGUCCGGCGCCGACUACGGGAAUUCCUGCCCGGAAAUGACCAUAGAAACAUGGACAACAGUGACAUGCAGCACAACUGGUUGCACGACUACAGGCGCCGAUCUCUUUCCAAAGACGGUGUUUAUAGAAGCCGAUUUAAUAAACGUCGAAUAUUAUAACAAAGUCAAAACAAUGGAAAUAUUGCCUCGAAGAAAUUGGAAAACAAGAUUCGUAACAUGACUUUUCGGAAACGAAAUACGGGAAAACGCAGACGAGGCUUUCCCGCGAUUGCCAGGAAAUCCGCCGAAUGCCACAAACAUUAAAGAAAGAGAAAGAGAGGGAGAGCAUCCUGAGUAUCGAAAAUAACCACGAUGAGGGAAGAGGCAGGGAGCAGAACGAAUUCGGCGGUUCCGGGUGAGGGAGGGGGCCGACGAUGGUUGUCUUCUGCUGCUCUCCGGUGCUUUGACUUUUCCGAGAGUCCAGUGUGUUUCGCUACCCGAGGAACCCGUGUUCUCCACCUAUAUCAGCGCGAAGUAAUUAAAGAAUAAAUCUCUCUCGAGAUUAAGGUAUCAACCAUGACCACCCAAAAGGCAAGAUUUGUGAACAAGCAGUUCAAUUCCCCCAUUAAUUUAUAUUCACCACAAGUGAUACAGGAGACUCUAGAUAGGCAGACUCAAGUUUUGGCUAACGGUGCAGUCGGAAUCGACUUCAAUCAGUUAGCCAAGCCGGCGAACUUGCAGAAUAGCGCGGUUUUACGUAUGCUCGAAGAAGAAGAAACGAGGCAGCGCGGUGGUCAACCCGGUCUCAAACGAGUAGCUUGGCCACCGCCUCCAGAAGAUCAAGACUUCGACUACGUGGAGCAAACUCCAAUUCAAGCGAAGACCCGUGGAUACGGUGAUCUCGGCUCGUACCAGAGCAGUCCCACGUCAGGUCCAUCACCCCAACCAUCCUUGGUGAUCGCACCGCAGAGCGCCGUCCCGUCAUCCCCGUCACCGGUCAGUCCUGGCGGCACGCUUCUGCGACAACCAUCGCACUUUCGACAACAACAGACGAAUCUCAAGAGCUGGACGCCGGUGACACCCCCGGCGACUUCGCCGCUCCCGCACCAGCAGCAUCCUCCGCUUCCGAGUCAACAGACCCAGCCUUGGCAGCAACACUCCCAGGAUCCCUACGACCGAACACCACAGAAGCAACAGAAUCAACCCGGUUAUCAAUCAUCUGUUCCUGCGGCGUUCGAGGCACCACCCUCCACUAUCAUUCUUCGUCCUGAGCCACCUAUCUCGCAGAUACCAGCACCGGUGUAUCAGGCCCAACCUGCAGCAACCAAGGCUCCGGCAACAGGCAACAUGCGAGGAGAUCUAAAGUGGCCACCACCGACCAUAAAAGCCCAGGUCGAGGCAGAAAACCGAGCCAGGAUAGAACUCGCAAAGGGCCCGGCUUUUAGGCCUCGUCGAGUGAACAAGGACUAUAGCAGUUUCUUCGCACAACAUGCUCUGAACAGUAACUACCCGGGCUACCGAGCACCGCCGGGUACCCAGUACUUCACACCGGCUUAUCAACAUUAGUAAAUAUUUCGUUUUGAACAACGAGCACGAAGCAUUGUCCUGAGUUUCUCGUCAAAUGGGAUCGAGUGUUCCGAUUACAAGUGCUUUCAAAGUUACCGAGAUGCUCAGGAUCGCUGUUCGCCGAUCUUCCAAGAUCCCGAGAAAUCAGGGAAGCGCACGAAGAAUGAUUUAAAUUUUAAAAAAAUUUAAGCGUGAAAAAUUGCGAUGUUGCUUUUUUUCAUAUUUGGGCCACAAAUCUGCGCACAAGAUACUGUGCUGUUGCUCUUUCAGAAUGUGGCCCAGACACUAAAAAAUCUCGCUUAUAAUACUUCAUGCGCUUCUCGGUUUUCGAGAAAAAAAUUUCCAAUCCGGUUUUCGAACUUUUACGAGUCUGUACAUACAGAGACUGAUUCUCGGUUUUCUUUCGUCUUUGUGGGGUAAUAAGAGUUUCUGUAUAGUAAAUUAAUAAUUACUAUACAAAAAUCUAAUUUGUAUCUUACGGCAUUCGGUUUAUUAUCCGGGCAUCAUCGUUCAGAGAUUUCCAGAUUCAUAUCACGUUUUCCUUUUUUCAUCCAUAAUUGAAAAAGAGUCUUUAAAUGUAUUUAUAUCCUUAACGAAAAAUAAUAGAAGAUAAUUUAAAAAUGUUAUUUUACAUCUUUUCUCUUUUUUUUUCGUGCGGGAUUGUUUUUAUCUUUUUCCACAAUUUAGAAAUUUUUGCUUGCGUAAACGUGUCUCCAGUUUGGAAAUUUCUGAUCUGAACAAAUUCAAUGUUGUGAUAGAAUUAAAAUGUUGCAAACAAGUUUAUAAAACUAACGCUUGCCAUAAGAAUAAAAAAAGUGGCGGAUCAUAAACAAUCGCUUAAAUAUUUCGAGUGAUAGCGACAGAGAUUGUACUUUUAUUCCAAAGACAAUAUGACGAUACGGAGAAUAUAUAAUAACGAACGUCACGAAUAUAGAAAAAUUUGCGA